UUUUUUAUAAACUGCCUUUGCUGUAUGCCCUCUGGGCCGAAAAUUGGAAUAAACUUACUUUAUCUUAUAGUUCCCUAUAAUUUAAGUUUCUUAGACCCAAUUCCAUAGCGUUGUCCAUAUGUUUCAUAACUGAGGAAAGCGCUGGCCAAUUAGUAAGGUGCAUAUUAAUGAUGACAAGAAUCUAUCUUUAAAAACGCACUUAUAUUGUUCCCGAGGCAGACUAUAAAAUGCACAACCGUGUUACAAUUCGUUGACAGAUGGGAGUGUUAACAUUCGCAAUGUUAACAGAUAUAAAUGAAAUAACUAGACAACUCUGUUUAUUCCUUUUUUACGAAGCACCUUCUAAAACAAGUAAUUAAUGCGCCUUUAAAACCACAGAUUUAUAGGCAAUAUACUAGUAUUUAUAUAAAUAUAUGGAUAAAUGUAAAAUACAAGCGCGUUCAUGAAUAAUUAAGGGGUUGUAUCAAAAAGGAAAAAAACAAACUCAGGUAAUAUAAUUGCGUUUUUUGUUUUCGUUGUUUUUUUUUUUAAGUGAUUACCUUGGAAUGAUAAAUUAUGUGCCUUACUAUGAUAAACGUGGAUGUUUGUGCAGUAUUCAUUUUAUCAAUUCUAUUUUCUACCUUUGACUUGUGAUAAGAACAAUCGAUACUUUAAGAUAUUUCGGUUGCUAGACAAGAAUUUAAGUCUGGCUGCAUGAACUAUUGUCUAAUCGAAUGAGGAACAAUCCCCGGAAAAUUACAACCCGCAGAUAGACUUGCACCUGUGUUGGACUGAGUAGCGUUGUAUAGUAUUAUUAUCGGUACCUCCCCCUCCUCUCUCUAAUGACAUCCCUUGGUGUAUCCCUCGUUAUCGUCCUGCGAGAUUAAUUUGUUUGCAUUUCUGAUGUGACCGUGAUGUGUGACGUAACGCGAGGAAAAUUUACCCUAUAUUUCAGUUUCCUUGUCUGGAACGUAUCUUCCAAAGUGUUUUCAAAAGAGAUGUUGCGUUAUACCGGGAGGUAACAUUUUCCUUGUUCCACAAUAUUCUUUAUCGAUCUUAGUUGCUGGCGACCCUGCGAUUUCGGGAAGUGAGUGUGCUGCAUAUGUGUCGGCGCGUAUCCACCAUUGAGAAGUCGCACAGCAUACAAACAACAUUGUCUGGAGGUGAAAGGAUGAUAUAGGGUUCUGCAAAGUGUCCAGUUUCCUUCCUUAUUGCUGACCGUAUAAACUAUGGGGUUGUAUAGAUGCGUAAUUUCUAGAGGAUGGAGACAGCUUCGUUAUUUUUUGAUGAUAGCCAUUUUUCUUUCGUGUAUAUAUAUAAGCAUUUGGAUGACCUUAAAACGGACAGGGAGUCGAGAAGAGGGAAUUUCUCACAAUAGUCUGAAGAAUGCACCUGAAAAUAGUGAAAUUUUGAACAGUGUACUCCGGAAUUACUCCUUCACUCGUGAGCAGGUGUGUAACCACCCUAAUUUAGACCCUUAUAACCCGAUCGUGAUGAAGCAUUUUCACGACGUUGGCCCGUUAAAAUGUGGCGAGGAUGAAAACUGGGUAAAGGUGAACAACGGAACUCUGUGGUUAAACGAAAAUGCGAAAGCUAAACAUGAGAAAAUUUCGUGUCAGUAUUAUCCAAUAUAUCGAAAAAACGAGUAUGCAUAUAAAGUGGGUGACAAACAGGCUUUCGAUAAAGAUGUUAUAACAGCACCCUCUGAUGUGAUUAAAAUCGAUUGUCAGUCGGGCUUGUUUGGUCCCAAAUAUUCAAAUAUACAUACCACAAUUGCAUACGACAAAACGAUACACGACAGAGUUAACAAAGCAUCAUAUAAUGACCUUUACAUGCCUCUCAAUGUGCUGAUGUUUGGGUUUGACUCUGUAUCCAGAAACACCUGGUUAAGAACAUUACCCAAAACCCAUAAGUAUUUCACUGAAGUGUUAGAAGGUAUUGUUCUCAAGGGAUAUAAUAUUGUUGGCGAUGGAACGCCUCAGGCACUGCUUCCCAUUCUUACUGGAGAGACGGAAGAGGAACUACCGGAAGCACGCCGUGGAAAACCUGGAGCGAAAGUCGUCGAUGGCCAUCCAUGGAUUUGGAAGGAUUUCAGAAAGGCUGGCUACGUGACACAGUGGGGAGAAGACAUGUGCUGGAUAGGGACCUUUAACUUGAGAAUGCUGGGAUUUGACAAACAACCGGUUGAUAAUUUCUGGCGUCCUUAUUGUCAAGCAACACAGGAUAUACACAAGUAUAGUAAACCAUUUUGUCUCGGCUCAAAACGGAGACACAAAGUAAUGAUGGAUUGGGUCAAGGAUGGAUUUCAAAUGUAUCGAAAUCGACUGAAAUUUAUGUUUGCUUUUCACUCCGAAUAUAGUCACGAAGAUUCCAGCAAACUGAAUUGGGCUGACGACGAUUUAUUGGAAAUGUUAAAAUAUUUAGAGGAUAAUAACUAUUUAAACAACACUGUUUUAAUUCUUAUGAGUGAUCACGGUGCUCGAUUCCACGCAGUUAGAACGAGCAUUCAAGGGAAAUAUGAGGAGAGAAUGCCAUAUUUUUCUUUCCGCUUUCCUACAUGGUUUUCCAAAAAAUACCCUUCCGAAUUUAAAGCAUUCAAAGUUAAUGCAGGUAGAUUAACUACUCCAUUUGAUAUACACGAAACAUUCCAUGAUAUGAUGAAAUUUGAAAAGAAAGACACUAAAAAUGAUAAAUUACCAAGAGGAAUGAGUCUAUUCAGACCAAUACCUACACAACGCUCAUGUGGCGAUGCUGAUAUUUCACCUCACUGGUGCGCAUGCCUGGGGUGGAACGCCACUUCCUCUUCCGAUCCCAUUACAAGAAGAGCAGCAGAUGCAAUUGUGAAAUUUAUGAACAACUUGACCAAAAAUUUUAGAUCUAAGUGUCAUGAAUUGACACUUAAAUCUGUUAAAAACGCUCUUGUUCUACAAUCAAAUCCCUACAUAGCGCGUUAUUUGGGUAGCUUAGAUACUGAUGGAAGGAUUCCCAAGGAGUCAAAAGGUGCUAUUGACAAGAGCGCAUUGUAUCAAAUAACUUUGCAGACAGUGCCUGGUGAUGGCAUUUUUGAAACCACUGUGAAAUAUAUUGCCAGUGAUGACAAGUUUAUAAUUAGUUCCCAGGAAAUCAGUAGAAUUAAUAAAUACGGAAAUGCCGCUAAUUGUGUUUAUAUGGACGCGCCGCAUAUAAGACCAUAUUGUUACUGUAAGACAGCUGAAAAAGGAUCUAGUUAGAAUUAAAAGUUUGGAUUGAU